AAUUAUCGAGUAUAAGCAAGCAAGGGGGGAACUCUGAUAGUUCUUUCUAAGCUUAAAACAUCAACAUUGCAAAUUGUUCUGCGCAUAACAUUAUUUUUUACAUCUUAUUUUUUAAGUUUCAAUCAUGGAUGAUAAAAAAUCAAUUUCAUUUGGAUUUAAAAAGAAAAUCCAGACCAAGGUGGAUGAAAGUAAAGUUGUAAAAGAUGCUCCUGAAGAGAGCAGCACCAAGGACUUUCUCACAGAGGUUGAUGCUAAAAGUUUGCAGAAGGUGACUCCAAAGGAAUUGGUAAUCCCUCUCAUAUCAAAGAAUAGAUAUGUGAUGCCAAAAAAAGAAAAACUGCAAACAAAUGAGAUAACUGCAGGAAUUGAAGAUGAAGCAGCAAAGGAACUAAUGGCAGAAUCAAAACAGUUUUUGGAUCAAGCUCCUCCGGAAGAACAAAGUAAUGAAGAUUUUGAAAACAUGGCUGUUCCUCUUCUUUUAAGAAAUAAAGUCCCGGAUGGGUAUGAGGAUGACACAGUAUUGGAUGUUUCGAUCCGCCCCGAAGAGGCAACUAUUGCUGAUUAUGAGCAGAUUCCAAUUCAAGCUUUUGGGAUGGCUAUGUUAAGGGGUAUGGGGUGGAAUCCAGAGGUUGGCAUUGGCAGAACAUUUAAAAAGAAUACAAAAAUGCUGGAGACAGUUGUGAGACCUAAAGGACUUGGACUUGGAGCAAAUGCUCCGAAUAAAAAGCUCCCAAAUGGGCAAAGUGGAAACAAAGAAAAUGAGACGUUGGAGAUUAAAAAGGGGGCUUUUGUGUUUGUAAAUUCAGGAUCCCAUAAAAAUAAGUAUGGUGUUGUUGAAGGUAUGGAUCCAGACAAUGCACAGUGCGUGGUAAGCUUUGCUCUUGGUGGGACAGCCAGUGUUGGUCAGUUUGCUCUGAAGGCUGUUGCGAAAUCAGAGUAUGAAAAGUAUAGUAAGGAUAUUUCACGGACUAGUGGUAGGGAUAAAAAGCCAGAAAAUCGAUCAAAAAAUAAACAUAACACUGGUAUUGAUAAUGAUAGUGAACAAAAUCGUGAAGAUUCAUCCCACAAAAGAAAACACAAAAAGAGACAAAAAGAAGAAGAGGAAAGAAAUCAUAAGCGCUCUCGGCAUGCACAUAAGGAACACCAGUCAAGAUCUAAGCACAAACGUCGUCAUUAUGAAGAAGAUAUUAAUGACUCUCAUCACAAAAAAUCCCGUUCUGUAAAUAGUUCCCCGAAGCGGAAAAAUAAAAGCAAAAAGUCGUCACCUUCAACACACAGUGGUACGUCUGAUUCAGAUUCAGAUUCUAAAAGAAAAUAUCUUUCUUCAAAACCAAAGUCAACAUGGCUCCGUCCACAUCUUAAAGUUCGUAUGGUUGAUAAAAAAUACAAAAAAGGAAAAUACUUCAGGGAAAAACUGAUCGUGGUUGAUAUAUUGGAUGCUACAGGUAGAUGCUCUUGUAAGUCGGAGGAAGGUAUUCUUUUGGAUGAUGUCCGAGAGCAAAUGCUGGAGACAGUCGUCCCAAAAUCCAUCUCAGAUGCUUAUGUGUCAAUCACAAGUAGGGGAAGGCUCAAACAUGAUGGAAAACUUGCAAAAAUCCUUGAAAAAGAUCGUUCCAACUGUCGGGCUUAUUUACAGCUUCUUGAAGACAGAGAUGUUUGUUUAGACGUCGAUUUUGACGACAUCUGCGAGUAUGUGGGAGAUGUAGAAGCAGAAGACAUGUUCUGAACAUUUGUAAAUUUAAGUCUAUUUAAAUUAUUAAUACUGUUUGUAGUUUCUGUGCUUCUUACAUACAGUGUAUUGUUGCAACUGCCAAAGUGUCUUUUGAAUAUUUCCUUAGCAUACAUAGUUUAUUAAAUUUUAUCAAUUACCAGGAAAAUUUGAAUAUUUUUAUUUGGUAAAACAAUUCUAUUAAUUUAAACUGACUUCCUCUUAAUUUACAUCAAGUCCCCACUUUUUUAAGAUGAAAUGCAAUUUACUUCAUUUCUAGUCAAUUUUCAGUGCAUAUUUUU